AUGAUGGCUGCUUCCGACACAACUUCUUGUCCGGACUGUCAUUCUCGUACCGUGCGUUGGAGAAAUACCUUGUCAGGUCUCCUCUGGGCGAUAUUCUGUUUUCCAUGUGGGAUCUACUGCUGUCUUAAACGUAGACAGCAACAUUGCUCCCAGUGUGAUUGCGAUGUGAUCAAAUCCUCACGUGAUGCACAAAAGGAUUCAUUCGGCUACUCGUUCCGAGGAUAUCAAACAAUGGAGAAAGGCAUACCAGCAUCUUUGGCCGUUGCCUACAGGAAUUCUGCGUAUACUGCAAGUUCCCAAUCCUCAACAGGGAUCCCUGAGGCUUCGUGCAAUUCGAGGACUGACCUAAUCGAUGUGUAG